AUGAAUACUAACGAAUAUUUAACAGAAACUGAACGUCAACUUCUAAAUGAACCUCCCUAUGAACUAACUCUCACAAUUGAAGAAUUAACAAAGCCUGCCAAGAAAAAAAGCGAUAAUUCUGAUAAACCACCACGACCACAAAACAGUUGGAUCAUUUUUCGGAAAGACUGUGAAGCUAAUUUACGUUUACGCAGUCCUGACGUCAAGCAAAAAGUUAAACAUACUGCAAUGGAAUGCAGUUUAAAGUGGAAAUCGCAACCAAGUGAAGUUAAACAUUUUUUCAAAGCAUUGGAGAAAAUAGCUCAUGAGAAUCAUAAGCAUAUAUAUCCCAAUUAUAAGUAUAAGCCAAAAAAUGCAAAAGAUUUAAACUAUAAAAAAUUUAUUUUUCGGGAACAAAAAAAAUACCCGACCAAGUCUAGUACAAGUGUCAGUUCACGACAAGGGGAAGCGUCACCUUCCUUCACAUCAUUGACAACUCGGUAUAAUUCUUAUAAUUACAGAAAUAACACCGACAUCAACAUCACCACCACUGACAAUCAUUCUCCAGACACUACUUUACGUCCUGUUAUUAAUAACGAAGAUGGUACAUUAACCGACAAUUUUAACGCAGAUAAUCAUAAUAAUUCACAUACCGAUACUGAUUAUUUAUUUGAUGCAAACUAUGAUAAUAUCAAUAACGAUAACGAUAACCUUCUUUCUAAUUCAACACUUAUCGCCAGCACAAAUGCAACUAUGCUCCCUACAACACCACUUCCUCAUGAAUAUAUUAAUUACGAUGCUGCUUUUAGUGCUGGAAAUUUAUCAAAUAUCAAUUUUGACUACGAAUUCUCUUCUUUAUUUUAA